AUGACAUCCUCCAACAUUGAUCUGUACCUAAUCUCCCUUCUCGACGAACCAUACGAGCAGGAGUUACUACGAAACCCAUAUUCCCUGAAAUCAUGGCAGCGAUACAUCAACCACAAAUCACGAGCGCCGCUGCCUGAACGAGUCUUCGUCUACGAGCGCGCAUGUCUCGAUCUGCCAGGCUCAUACAAGCUGUGGAAGGAAUAUCUGGAGUUACGUGUGCGACACCUGAGCGCCAUCAAUCCUGCGCGAUAUGCCGAUGAAUUCGAGAAGGUCAAUGAUGCGUUCGAAAAGUCGCUGGUGUUGUUGAACAAGAUGCCGAGGAUUUGGGAAAUGUAUUUGGAGUUCUUGAUGUCACAGCCUCUCAUCACGCGGACGCGACGUACAUUCGACAAGGCUCUGCGGGCACUGCCGUUGACGCAGCACGAGAGGAUCUGGAAGAUGUAUCUACCAUGGGCGAAGAGUGCGGGUGGGGAGACUGCGAUGCGGGUAUGGAAGCGAUACAUGCAGAUUGCGCCGGAGCAAGUGGAGUCCUACAUCGACGUGCUCAUCGAAAACGAGUACUUUGGCUUGGCGGCAAAGGAGUAUCUCAAGGUUUUGAAUAACACCAAGUUUAGGUCGUUGGAGGGUAAGUCGCAUUUCCAGCUGUGGACCGAAAUGUGCGAUAUUCUUGUACAUCACCCAAGGUCUAUCCCUGCCGAGAUCAAUGUCGAGAAGAUCAUCCGUUCGGGUAUUCAGAAGUUUACUGAUCAGCGUGGAAAGUUGUGGACGUCGCUGGCCACCUAUUUCAUCUCGCUCGGUGACUUUGAGCGGGCACGGGAUAUCUUUGAGGAGGGCAUCACCACUGUCAUCACUGUUAGGGAUUUCACGCAAGUGUUCGAUGCAUACGCAGAAUACGAAGAGUCUUUGAUCGCGGAGAAGAUGCAAGAUGCUGAAGAAGGAAACACGACACCUGAAGAUGACCUCGAUCUCGACAUCCGGAUGGCGAGGUUCGAGCAGCUCAUGGAUCGUCGUCCAUUCUUGGUGAACGACGUUCUGCUGCGACAAAACCCUCAUAAUACAGAGGAAUGGCAGAAGCGCGUAAGUCUAUGGGCUAAUAACCCAGAGAUGGUGGUCAAGACAUACACCGACGCGUUAGCUACCAUCCACCAUAAGAAAGCGACCGGAAAACUCGCGCAAAUAUGGGUCAACUUUGCGAAGUUCUACGAGGAGGGAGGACGGAUGACUGAGGCACGGCAAAUUCUGGAGAAGUCUACGAACGUCACAUACAAAACUGUAAAUGAGCUUGCUGAUAUCUGGAUUGAGUGGGCAGAGAUGGAGCUAAGGCAGGAUGAGGCUGACAGGGCGUUCGCAGUAAUGAAGAAGGCUACAGAAGGACCGCGGAAGUCGACCGUUGACUUCAACGACGACACUCUGACACCACAGGCAAGAUUGCACAAAUGCAUGAAGUUGUGGUCCUUCUACGUGGAUCUCGAGGAGGGUUUGGGAACGGUGGAGACCACAAAGGCUGUAUACGAUCGCAUUAUGGAACUGCGCAUUGCGACGGCCCAGAUUAUUGUCAACUAUGCGAACUUCUUGGAGGAGAACGAGUACUUUGAGGAGAGCUUCAAGGUUUACGAGAGAGGUGUGGAUGUAUUCACAUACCCCAUCGCCUUCGAACUGUGGAACCUCUAUCUUUCCAAGUUCAUCAAACGAUAUGGCGGAACGCAACUGGAGCGUGCUCGUGAUCUCUUCGAGCAAGCAUUAGAGAACUGCCCGCCGAAGUUCGCGAAGCCAAUCUUCCUCCUGUACGCAGACCUCGAGGAGCAACACGGUCUUGCACGACAUGUGAUGCGGAUCUACGACAGAGCAGCUUCUGCCGUCGCCGAGGAGGACCGCAAAGACAUCUACGACCUCUACAUCGCCAAAUCAGUCUCGCAAUUUGGUCUCACCUCCGCCCGUCCCAUCUACGAACGUGCCAUUGCCGCACUACCAGAUGCAGAAGCGAGAGACAUGGCAAUUGACUUUGCCGAUAUGGAACGGAGAUUGGGCGAGAUUGACCGUGCGAGAGUUAUUUUGGCGCAUGCAAGUCAGUUCUGUGAUCCCCGGACGCAGCCUUCGUUUUGGCAGAAGUGGCAUGAUUUCGAAGUCAAGCAUGGGAAUGAGGAUACGUUUAAGGAAAUGUUGCGGAUUAAGAGGACGGUGCAGGCACAAUACAAUACCGACAUCAACUAUAUUGCAGCUACUGCAGCAACUGGGACUUCUCCCACAGAAAGAGAAGACGCUAUGGCGGCGUUGGAGAGAGAGGCACAGGCGCCAGUGGGAUUCGUCGCUUCGUCUACUGGGCCCGUUGGCGGGACGUUGAAGCGGAAGGCUGAGGAUGAGGGGCCUGAGACGACGGAUGCGCCGGCGAAUAGAUCAAAUUCGCAGAAUGACAGACUCUGUACCAUCAUGUUGCCCUUCCGCACCGGUACAAACCCGACACCCGGUACACUCCCGGAAGGGUUCUAUGGCCGAGGCGCGUCGGUGGUAUCGAUAACGAACCUUAAGCAUUCACCUCCCCGAAGCAGAGCUCUGGAGCGUAACCGUUCAUACUUGGCCCUUGGCAGGAGGAAUGCUCUGCUAACCUCCACCGUAUACCAUACUUGCAGAGAUCAACAACCAGAUCGGACACGUACGCUACUUCAGGUCAACGUCUCUCUUCAGUCGACUGCUUCUGCUGGUGCAUCUCCGGCUCCCAGUCAUGCGGUAGCAGCAUCCUCAGACGGCAGUAUUCCGCAUGUUGCCGGACAAGUGUGCAGCAACUGUGGAACUACACAAACACCUCUAUGGAGAAGAUCACCGGAGGGCGCAACGAUCUGUAACGCGUGUGGAUUGUACUACAAGUCACGAAACGCCAUUCGUCCAGUGCACCUGAAACGGCCAGCACCUACUACCACCCCACCAGUUGUACCGCCACCAACAGCAUCAGGGUGUGCGGGAACAUGCCCUGGAGACGGGCACUGUAACGGUACGGGUGGAGCACGAGGGUGCAGUGGAUGUCCGGCGUUCAAUAACCGUGUCGCAAAAGCAGCUCAAGCCGCAGCAGCGGCCGCGGCGGCCGCUGCCACAGCAGCAGUUGGACAAGGGAAUAAUCCUACAGGAGUGAAACCACCUGAUCCGGAUCCAGCAUCACUCAUAAUGGCAUGCCAAAAUUGCGGUACCACAACAACUCCUCUCUGGCGAAGAGAUGAAGGCGGCAAUACUAUUUGUAACGCUUGUGGAUUAUAUUACAAAUUACACGGUGUACAUCGUCCAGUAACGAUGAAGAAAGCUACCAUCAAGCGUCGGAAGCGCGUCGUGCCGCCCGCCACCGGAGGUGCCAGCGAAGCCGGAACACCCAUGGCAAGAUCAGGAUCCUUUUCGUCAAAGCAGUCUCCCAUGGCACAUCAUGUAUCGGCUAACCAGCUUCAGCAUGCUGGAUCAUUGUCAGGCAAGAGUGAUACAGAUGGUAGCGAAGAUGGAGAGGUCGAUGUGCGAGGAAAUGACGCAAAGCGUCAAAAGUUGAGCCUACCACUCCCACAUCCAAGUUUUGGAGCAGACUCGGGGAGAUCGCCUCAACCGAUUGAUUUCACAGCUGCGUAUUCCAGACAGCCCGAUGCUCCUCUUCAUCAGGGACCUCCGCCUUCAUCUCACCCGAGAGAUGCGAGUGUGUCACGAACGCUACCUCCACUCAACUUUUACGCGGAAGCUGUGCCGUUGCCCAGGAGGAACCAAAGCGAGGGCAAUCAGUCAAAAGUUCAGAGCAUCAGGUCACUGUUGAACCCAUCAGCGGCAGCAGCGACUCCUCAAGGACAAAUGACUCCACAGCCGCAACAUCCAGCACCGAUGGGUACGCCUUCCCCAGUAGCGCAUUCUCAUCUUCAUGCCAUGUCUCGCUCACCGAAUGGUCUUCUCCCUCCUGGUAUGCUACCAUCGCUUACCAAACCUCCGGGCCCUGAUCACAUCGUUGCAGACUUUAGCAUCCCACCGGGUAUCGAAAACGACCCCGUGCAACUGGAAGCAUACCUAGUGGCGAAGAGAGACGAAGCGUAUCACGAGUAUCAGGACUAUCAGAGUAGGAUGAAGAGGGCGCAGAUAUAUUUGGAUGUCUACUCGGCGAGGUUAGAUAGGUUUCGUCGGGAGCAGAGAUAGUGAGCAGUGCGGAAUUGAGAUGGCUCACUGAUUGUACGUUCGUAUGGGAUGGUUUUGGAGUCUUCCUGAAUAAUAUGGUAGUAACGAUAUUGAUUUCUGGUUAAACAGGUUAAGGCUAGGCAGAUAGAUGGUAGU